AUUGGAAUGAUUGGAACCGGCAGCAUGGGCGGCAUGAUGUCUCUUCUGUUCGCCGAGUACGGCAUCCACACGCACUACUACGACCCUUCCAAAAAGAACAUCGAAGCCCUCCAAUCGCACGCCAAAGAAAGCAAGCACGAAGACAAGAUCACCUACCACGACGAUCACAAGUCUUUGUGCGAGGCUCUAGAGGACGGUGAUAAACCCAAGGUUUUCAUGUUCAGCAUCCCCCAUGGCGGCCCCGCCGACGACAGCAUCGAUGCCCUCGAACCCUACCUCAAGCCAGGCGACAUCAUCAUGGACGCCUCCAACGAGCACUGGAAGGCGACCGAGAGACGACAGGCCCGCCUUGAGCCAAAGGGAAUCCAUUACAUUGGAAUGGGCGUCUCUGGGGGCUACCAGUCUGCUCGCCAUGGUCCUUCCAUCUCCCCGGGUGGCAGCAAGGAGGCCCUCGACAAAGUUUUCCCCUUCCUCCAGAAAAUCGCGGCCAAAGACAACAGGGGACGGCCAUGCGUGGCCAAGCUUGGACCGGGCGGAUGCGGGCACUACGUCAAGAUGAUCCACAACGGCAUUGAGCACGGAAUGAUGACUGCCCUCUGUGAAGCCUGGGCCAUCAUGAACAUCGGCUUGGGCAUGGACUACGAAGAGAUCGGCACCAUCUUUGAGAAGUGGAACGGUGACAAGCAAAGGCCAUUGAGGGACAACUUCUUGAUUGACAUUGGUGCCGAUAUCUGUCGGACCAAGGAUGAGAAGGGCAACUAUGUGCUGGCCAACGUGCGUGACAAGGUCGUUCAGGAUGUAGACAACUCCGAGGGUACGGGAACGUGGUCGGUCCAGGAGGGUACCAGACUCCAUGUGCCAGAUCCUACCAUUGCCGUCUCGCAUCUUUUCAGGGUAGCUUCGGCAGAUGCAGCGAGGAGAGAGACAGUCAACAAGGCGCUGGACGGAAAGGGGGUGAAGCCCGCUCAAAUCGAGGGUGUCGAUAAGGCCAAGUUCCUGGAAGACUUGUACAACGCUGUCUACGCCUCCUUCCUCAUGUGCUUCAUCCAGGGCCUGCACGUCCUAUCCAAGGCAAACGAGGAAAACGACUGGAAGCUCGACUUUGCUGAUGUACUGCAGCUCUGGCGCAAUGGAUGCAUCAUUCAAAGCGACGGAGUUGCCGAUUUGCUCGAGACUGUGUAUCGCUCGAGGGAGCAUGACAACGAUGAUCUCCUAGGACACCAAACGAUUGCUGGCGAGCUGGCAAAGACGUACCCGUCGCUCAAGAGGGUUGUACUGAAGGCUAUCGAGUUUGAUCUACAUGCUGGAGCGCUGGGUACCAGUCUCGAAUACUACAAGUACUCAGGUUCGACUGAGCUACCCACCCAAUUCCAAGAGGCCGAGUUGGACUACUUCGGGGCUCACAUGUUUGACCUAAAAACUGCUGAGCCGGGUAAGCCGGUGACGGGUAAACACCACUUUGAGUGGAAGCCCGCGAGAGGUAUUCUGGAGACGAACGACUAGAGAUUUUCUGCAUUCCUGACUAAAAAUUAUGCUAGUACCUAAACAAUGACCUUCAAUAAAAGGGAACUAAUAUCAACGGAUUGGACUAUUCUCCCUC